UGUGUAUUAGCUAUGAGAGAGAGCUAUGGAUAACAAMCACAACAACAACMACAACAWCAACCAAAACAACAGCAAAAAACAAGCCAUCGAUAGUACCAAUGAUGACACCAUCAGUAAAACAGAUGACCGAAGAAAAUGAUGUCGUCGUCGUCAUCGUUGGCCACCAAUAAUCCCGAGGACGACAACAACACCGUCGUCGUCGCCACCAAUAACCAGACCAUCGAUGACAGUGUCGUCRAAGAUAAUGCAAUGUCUGCUAAAAAUAAGUGCCAAUCGAGACCUUCGGCGUCAAUGUCGACCUCAACGACAACAACAGCCAAUUCCUGGUGGAACUCAUGGAUCCAAAAGUCUACCGAUACGUUUGAAUCAAUUAAACGUGAUUUGUCUGAACUAAAAGAAACGGUUCAGACGUCGGACGGUUUCGGCGUAGUGACCAAUACUAUGACCAACACUGCCUCCUAUGUGAACAAAACAAUGAAAGAUACCAUAACUAGUAUUAGCAAUACAUUGGAUCCCGAAUACGAUAAAGAGUUUAUGGAAGAGUCGUCGUCGYUGUCGACGUCGAGGCCAUCAGCGGUGGUCAGUGCCGAUGAAAGUACUGURAAGACWGCCGACGAUAAAGUGGACGAUAAAACAGUUGUCGCUACCGAUGAUGAYGRAGGAGAAGAWGGAUCAAAGAGAUCUGAUAACGAUUGGGAACAAUGGACACAAAAUAUCCGAUCAAAAGCCAAACAUAAGCUGAACGGUCUGAUCGGUAGUAUUGCCGACGCAUUUCURAUUAAUCGCAACUACUAUGAAGAUGAAGACGAAAUGUAUGUACUGAGYGGCGAUCGAUUGGUAGCCAUMGAUCAAUGGCAACARCUGUUGYMGGAAAUACAAUUGGAUGCAAAYACCUAUUGCCGGGAACCGAUUGGACCGCCCGAACACUACGAAUCGUGGCUAAUGACCUUCAAUCUGAUUGACUAUCAACGGCAAAUGGAUCAACUGAUGCAAWCGGUUCCCGAAAUGCACGACUAUUACCAGCAAUUGGUACCCCAAUCGCUAUCCGAUGUUGACUUCUGGCACCGAUACUACUAUCGUGUUUAUCAGCUAAGAGAGACGGAACGCAAGAAAAUCGACGAGAAAUCAAGUAUUUCGUGGCCAACAUCGCCAACAACCGAUGAUUCGGCGGUGUCAUCGGUGGYGGCMAACAAUAGGAAAAAGUCGGUCGAAGUUAAGCUAUUGAACGAAACAACAACAACAGCYGUUUCGACGCCUCCGUCGUCGGGUYUGAAGAGUAAUAAUCGAUCGAAAGAUGACUUGAUUUCGAUGGCCAGUACUGACGGCCAGUUAUCGUCGCCGAAGUCGUCUUCAUCAUCGACGACGACGACGACUAGUACUGGCGAUUCAAUUGACGCACAAUCCAAGUCUUGUACYACUCCUGAUAGCGACGACUGGGAUAAGACUGAAGACGCYAUUGUCGGCGGCAGUGGUGGAGGUGGUGUUGGAAGCGAUGAAGAGUGGGUUAAAUAUGAUUAGAAGAAGUAGUGGUAAUAUCUUAACAGAAAURUUUUAAUUAUCAAUUCAAUUCAGUUUUUUUAUUUGUAUUUUUUUAUUAAUUAAUUAAUUAUUUUCUAUAUUAUUAUUAUUAUAAUUAUUACUUCAAAAUGUAUUAAAUGUCUGCAAAAAAUAUUAUAUAUUAUAUGUUUUUUAUUUAAAUA